CACGUCGCAGGGGAAUUCUGAAGUUCUGCGUCGGAUGUGACGUUGCCCGAGGAGGAGGAGUCGCCCGGGGGCAGCCAUUUUGCUGGGGGUGUGUGUGACGUCAGGGCGCACGGUGAGGAGCUGGUUGCGCCACGCACGACGCUACGCCGAGUGAGGAAAAACAGCGCGAAACCCGCGGACGGAGGAGAGACAUCCAGGCAAGCCGAGACCCACCCGCUCAAUCCGCCUCCAUCCUCCGCCCGAUGGCCGACACCAAGGAAACACAGGAGGAGCAUGAACCCUCUACUGACAACACAGAGGAUGCCAAUCACGACCCUCACUUUGAACCUAUAGUUUCAUUGCCUGAGCAAGAGAUUAGGACACUUGAAGAGGAUGAAGAAGAAAUGUUUAAGAUGCGAGCAAAAUUGUUUCGAUUUGCAUCUGAAAAUGAGCCGCCUGAGUGGAAAGAAAGGGGCACUGGGGAUGUUAAGUUGCUGAAACACCGGGAGAAGGGUACAAUUCGCCUUCUGAUGAGAAGAGAUAAAACUCUGAAGAUCUGUGCCAAUCACUAUGUUACACCUUCAAUGGAACUCAAGCCCAAUGCAGGAAGUGACAGAGCAUGGGUUUGGAACACCUAUGCAGAUUAUGCAGAUGAAGCUCCUAAACCAGAACUGCUUGCCAUUCGGUUUUUAAAUGCAGAGAAUGCUCAAAAGUUCAAGGCAAAGUUUGAAGAAUGCAAGAAUGAAAUUAAGGGGAAUGAAUCUAAAGAAGUGACCAAAAAUGAUAGUGCUGACAAAGUUGCAGAAAAACUAGAAGAUCUCUCUGUAAAGGACAAAGUGCAGGAGAAGGAAGUGGACACCAAGCAAGAGAAGGAAGUGGACACCAAGCAAGACAAUGAAGAAGAAAAGCAAUAAGUCAUCCAGAGCCUUGUACACUUACAUUUUUCAAGGACUUUAUAACCACGAAAAAAGAACUGAGUUCAAAUGUUUCAGGUUGUUUUUUCUAAGCUUUUGCCUCUCAGAAGAUUUCUUCAGAAAAAAAAUCCAUUCCCCAGUCAUGAAAAUGUACUGUGUUCACUUUCUUUUUCCAUAGUGGAAACACUUAUUUAUAGUCAUCCAAAUUAAUGAAUAAACCUGUUUGAAAAACGUGCAAA